GUCUAUAAAAAUAUCUCUUUACCUUGAAGGUACAUUCCAGGCUCCCCAAACUCGACUUUGUGGAUUACACUGGUUUAUUUUCACUGCCAAAAAGGCAAAAGAGGGAAGUCCAAAUAAUGAAUUGCUAGUAUAAAAGGGUACCCUACUUAAAUUACAUUUUGGUUUAAAGACAGGUUGAAUGCUAAUUGAAGAAUCAGUUCCCGCCAAGCAGAGAGGAUCAAGAGCUCGCCAACAACGUCUCUUCUCUCUCUUGCAAAGCUGCAAAUCCAUCAAACAGAUAACACAAAUCCACACCCACGUUAUCACCAAUGGCUUUACCCAGAAAAACUUCAUUCUUGUAAGACUACUCUCUCCUUUCGUAACAUCUUACAGUCUCAAAUAUGCCGACCACAUUUUCAGUCAAGUUCAAAGUCCAAGCACUACCCUUUGGAACCAAAUUAUUAGGGGCCAUGCGCGUGGCGAAAACCCACAGAAAUCUGUUGAGCUUUUUAAUCAAAUGGAAAAAUCAACUGCUAUGCCGGAUGGGUAUACGUAUUCGUACGUGCUUAAUGGUUGCGCAAUUGGGGGUUUGUUCAGGGAAGGUCAACAGGUUCAUGGUAAGAUUUUGAAAAGUUUGUCUUCGCUGAAUGUGUUUGUUCAGACUAAUUUGGUUAAUUUGUAUUCAACUACCGGAGGGAGGGAUGAUGCACGGACGAUGUUUGAUGAAAUGAUCGAGAAAAACAUUGUGACUUGGAAUUCGUUGCUAUUUGGGUAUUUUAGAAAUGGGGAUGUUGAUGAGGGUCUUAGAAUUUUCGAUGAGAUUCCAGAUAAGAAUGUUGUUUCCUGGACAACGGCGAUAGCAGGUUGUACAAAGAGUGGAAGAUGUCAGCAGGCUCUGGAAUUGUUUCGCUUGAUGCAAAGGCUCAAUGUGGAAUUUGAUCAGGUGACUUUGGUGGCUGUUUUAUCAGCAUGUGUUGAAUUAGGAGCUCUGGAUCUGGGGAAGUGGAUUCAUUCGAGUGUUGUUGAGUCCUCACAGUUUAGGAAUGAGCCGGUGCUGGUGUCAUUUUACAAUGCACUUAUACAUAUGUAUGCUAGUUGUGGUGAAAUCGAGGAAGCUUAUAGGGUAUUUGAAGGGAUGCCAAGAAGAAACUCAGUUUCUUGGACCAGUAUAAUCACAGGUUUUGCAAAACAAGGGUAUGCACACGAGGCUCUUACUAUUUUCCAGCAGAUGGAAAGCUGGGGAGGAAAUGAUGUUAGGCCGAACGAGAUAACAUUCUUAGGUGUCCUGUUUGCUUGCAGUCAUGCUGGUUAUGUCAAUGAGGGGUACCGAUACUUUAGAUGUAUGAAAGAAACUUGGGGUGUGGAGCCAAGGAUUGAGCAUUAUGGCUGCAUGGUUGACAUGCUAAGUCGUGCUGGACUUUUUGAUGAAGCUGUCAUGCUUGUUGAGACAAUGCCUAUGAAGCCAAAUGAGGCUGUUUGGGGUGCUCUUCUUGGAGGAUGCAAGAUACACAAAAAUCUGAGACUAGCUUCCAGCGUAGCUCAAAAAUUGACCGUGGAGCUUGAACCUGAUAGAGCUGCUGGCUACUUUGUGCUGUUGUCAAAUCUAUAUGCAACUGAUAAGAGGUGGCAAGAUGUUAUCAUCACGAGACAGAAGAUGUUUGGAAUGCGAGUAAAAAAGCCUCCAGGUCAAAGCAAAAUUGAAGCUGAUGGUACCAUUCAUAAUUUUCUAUCCAGUGACCUAAGUCACAGGCAUGCUUCUUCAGUCUAUGAGAUGCUCAAUCUGCUCACCAGUCAAGCCAAAUUGCAAGGUUACCAGCCAAGUAUUUCUGAGGAGGAACUAAUAGUUUGAUGUACAUUUUCGACAAUUUAAACUUGCAUGGAGUGGAGCAGAUCUUCUUCUGUUGGAAUCACGUGUUUGGAAGUAUAUCCAUUUCACCCAGUUGAACCACACCCCCUAGUGGUUUGCUGGUGGGAUUACAAAAUCUGGAUUUUUUGCAUCAACAAUAGCAAUGCCAGAUACAGUUCGUAAAUAUCUCGAGAUGAUGGUGCAUGAUCACCCUUUUGCCACAAAGCUGGUCAGCUACUGCUUUUGUGCAGGUUUUCCUGAACGUGAGUGGGGAGUCGGCAAACAGUGAGCAUCUUUAAGUAACGUAAAUUUUGUGGUAUGUUGUUGCAACUGGGGAGAGGAAAGCUUGCUUAAAGAGCAGAGCAGCAAAAUACGUAACACUACAGCUCACAAAGACGAUGGCACUUAAUUGAGUGAGGAAGUUUAAGAAUGGUGACAACAUCGGGUAUGAGUUUCACGUAAAUUGCAUGAGUUGAGCUUUAAUGAAGAAGCAUCGUCAAUGAGGAUUCAUAUAGCCGACCCCAACUUGUUUUGUAUUGAGUCCUGACACAAUAAAUCAAAUACCCCAGAGGGGAUCAAGAAGUGAAGUGGUGACACAAUGCUAUUGUGGAACAUCUUCAACAGCAUAGUUUUCCCGAAUUGAUCAGCAAUACUCAACAUCAAAGCAACAUUUUACAGGUUGGAAUUUGAGGAAUUUCAAGUUGCCCCAAGAGGACGUCUUGUCUAGAUUUAUUACUGUAAUUCCAUCGAUGUAAUAUUAAACAUUAAUUAUUCUGGUUACUAAGGUCUCAUACUAAUUUUAUGUAAUACACCCUUGGCUAGCGAUAUUUCCUUUUU